AUGCCAACGAAAAAAGAAAUGACACUUCAAGACUUGUUGGCAGUUACUCCUUCCAUAAUCAUUGCUAAACCUUAUCCAUAUCAUGAAGACCAAGACCUCAUAACUCAAAUUAAUUUAAUCUAUGAUCAAAUUACAGAAGCCAAGACCCAUAGUGAUUCUACUGGCAUUCCGGGUUAUGCCUAUUACCUUGGGGAGAGACUCAGCACCGUAAGUCCUGCUAACAAGACCCUUGGGGGUCAAACAACUUUACCAGGCCAGUCAUACUACCCUUACCCGGAUCAAGAAGCUCACUGUCCUUGA